AUGAGAUCUUGCUUUUUUGCCAGAUCUUUGCACAACUGCGGUCGUGGCUUAGCUAUGCAGACGCCAGCAUUGAGACAGUCAAUGGGGAAGCGCUGUGCUCUUCCAGAUGAGGGUCGUUCGAGGAAGGGGUUGGGCUCGGCUGGGCAGUGCGUAAUCCUUCACUGCAACAUGAAGCCAUUUCCCGUUGUCACCCAGACCCAAGCCAGAAGCUUUGUAGAUGGAGGUUCGCAGCAAGCCGACUUGGCUGCCGGGGAGGAAGACGCUGGUCUUGCUUCGUGGGUCCUGGGGAGACAGCUCUGA